CCCAGGGGGCAGCCUCCUUGUGAGGGCCACCUCUAGGCAGGAAAGUGGGUGCCUGUGCCUUUAAAUUCUCAGCAGGUUGAAACGACUGAUGACAUCACUGGUUCCCGGGAGCGGAGGAGCUGGAGCCAGAGCCCGAGGGAGCCCGGGCUGCUGGGGGCUGCAGACAUGGAGGGCCAGAGCAACAGUGGUAGCAGGAGACCAGGGACUGGGACUCGAUUGGGCCCCUUAUCUGGGCCACAUGGGGUUUCUCAAACUGGGACACCCUCCAAGCUCCCAGCAAAGAAGAAUGCAGCCCCAGUACCCAUGGAACCAAAGUUGGCUCUAGCACCUGUGGGGCCACACACAGCUACGUCAUCUUCCUCAGAGGGGCCAAGGCUGGCUUUGGCAUCUCCACGACCCAUCAUGACUCCAAUGUCUACUCCUGGAGGACAGAAAAGGGUUCCUUCCCACUGCAGCUCUAGUCUGGCUCCAACAUCUGUGGGCCAGCUGGUGGUAUCUGCCUCAGCUGGACCAAAGCCUCCCCCAGCCACCUCAGGCUCAGUCCUGGCUCCAGCAUCCCUGGGGCAACUGGUGAUGUCUGCCUCAGCAGUUCCAAGGCCUCCCCCAUCUACUCUGCCUCCAAUUUCCAUGGACCAGAAACAGUUAUCACCCACCUCUGUGGGACCCAAGCCAGCACUAGCAGCCUCAGGCUUAAGCCUGGCCCUGGCUUCUCAGGAGCAGCCCCUCCAGCCCCACUCCAGUCCUUCCCCAGUGCUCAGUCCAAUUCUGUCGCCCUCUCAGGAGCAGACCCUGGCUCCAACAGCCAUGGCCUCAGCUCCAGCUUCUGUAGGAUGGACACCAGCUAGACAGAGGGACACCCCAGCCCCCAGACCUCUCCCCACUUCUGAAGGGCAUCUCCAGCCUCCAGCUCAGGCAUCUGGUCCGACAGGCUCCACAUCCUUCAUCCAAACCUCCCAAGAUCCCCGGUUUUCUUUCUCCUUCCGAGCCCGGCCUGAGGCCCCCCGCAACAGCCCUGAGGAUCCACGGCCACCCCAGACCCUGCCUUUGGAUGUGAGCCAGGGCCCUCCAGAGCCUGGCACUCGCUCCCCUGGACUUUUGUCCCCUACCUUCCGGCCAGGGAGUUCCUCAGGUCAGACUGUGCCCCCACCUUUGCCCAAGCCACCUCGGUCUCCCAGCCGUUCCCCCAGCCGAUCUCCCAACUGCUCUUCCUGUGUCACCCCAGCCCCUGAGGUGGCCCUCCCCAGGUCUAGCACCCAGGGUACAGGACCUGGCACUUCUAGUGCAGGGCUUGUCACCCAGGGUGCAGGACCUGGCAGGUGCCCAAGCCCUAAUCUUCAGACCCAAGAAGCUCCAGCCCCAGUCACCAUCUCGUCUACAUCCACGUCAUCCUCCUCAUCCUCCUCCUCUUGGUCAGCUCAGCCUACAUGCAAGAGCGACCCUGGAUUCCGGAUCACUGUGGUCACGUGGAAUGUGGGCACCGCUAUGCCUCCAGACGAUGUCACAUCCCUCCUCCACCUGGGCGGUGGCAAUGACAGUGAUGGUGCAGACAUGAUCGCCAUAGGGUUGCAGGAAGUGAAUUCCAUGAUCAACAAGAGGCUCAAGGACGCUCUCUUCACUGACCAGUGGAGCGAGCUCUUCAUGGAUGCCCUGGGGCCCUUCAACUUUGUGCUGGUGAGUACUGUGAGGAUGCAAGGCGUUAUCCUUCUGCUGUUCGCCAAGUACUAUCACCUGCCCUUCCUGAGGGAUGUGCAGACCGAUUGCACUCGCACUGGCCUGGGUGGCUACUGGGGUAACAAGGGUGGAGUGAGCAUACGACUGGCGGCCUUCGGGCACAUGCUCUGCUUCCUGAAUUGCCACUUGCCAGCACACAUGGACAAGGCCGAGCAGCGGAAGGACAACUUUCAAACCAUCCUUAGCCUCCAGCAAUUCCAGGGACCUGGUGCCCACGGCAUCCUGGAUCACGACCUUGUAUUCUGGUUUGGGGACCUGAACUUCCGCAUUGAGAGCUUCGACCUGCACUUUGUCAAGUUUGCCAUUGACAGUGACCAGCUCCAUCAGCUUUGGGAGAAGGAUCAGCUCAACAUGGCCAAGAACACCUGGCCCAUCUUGAAGGGCUUCCAGGAGGGGCCCCUUAACUUCGCUCCCACCUUCAAGUUUGAUGUGGGUACCAACAAAUAUGAUACCAGUGCUAAGAAGCGGAAACCAGCCUGGACAGAUCGUAUCCUGUGGAAGGUCAAAGCUCCAGGUGGAGGUCCCAGUCCUUCAGGAAGGGAGAGCCACCGGCUUCAAGUGACCCAGCACAGCUACCGCAGCCACAUGGAAUACACAGUCAGUGACCACAAGCCUGUAGCUGCCCAGUUUGUCCUGCAGUUUGCCUUCAGGGACGACCUACCACUGGUGCGUCUGGAGGUAGCAGAUGAGUGGGUGCGGCCGGAGCAAGCUGUAGUAAAGUAUCGCAUGGAAACAGUGUUCGCCCGCAGCUCUUGGGACUGGAUCGGCUUGUACCGGGUGGGUUUCCGCCACUGCAAGGACUAUGUGGCUUAUGUCUGGGCCAAACAUGAAGACGUGGAUGGGAAUAUCUACCAGGUGACAUUCAGUGAAGAAUCGCUGCCAAAAGGCCACGGAGACUUCAUCCUGGGCUAUUAUAGCCACAACCACAGCAUCCUCAUUGGUGUCACUGAACCCUUCCAGAUCUCGCUGCCUACCUCGGAGUCAGCCAGCAGCAGCACAGACACCUCGGGCACCAGCUCAGAGGGUGAGGAUGACAGCACUCUGGAGCUGCUUGCACCCAAGUCCCGCAGCCCCAGUCCUGGCAAGUCCAAGAGACACCGUAGCCGCAGUCCAGGCCUGGCCCGUUUCCCUGGUCUUGCCCUUCGGCCUUCAUCCCGUGAACGCCGUGGUACCAGCCGUAGCCCAUCACCCCAGAGCCGCCGGCUGCCCUGGGUGGCCCCUGAUAAGAGCAAUAGUAGUGGCAGCUGGGGAAGUAGUGAGGAGGGGCCUUCUGGGCUUCCUGGCCCCUGGGCCUUUCAACCAGCUGUGCCUCGAAGCCUGGGCCUGCUGCCAGCUUUGCGUCUGGAGGCUGUAGAUCCUGGUGGUGGUGGCUCCUGGGGACCUGAUCGGGAGACCUCUGACCCUGACAGCCUAUCUCCCAGUCCCCAGGGACGUCAAGGACUAGAGGAAGGGGGCCUAGGGCCAUGAGGAUGGGGUAGGCAGAUGGGCCCUGGUGGCCCCACUCUGCUCAAUCUUCCACAAACCUGCCUGCCUCUCUUCUGCUGCUGCUCCAGCUGUAUCUGUACCUACCACUCUGUCCUGGCCAGGGGUGGCCAACUAGGGUCCCCCCAAACUCAGUCCUGGCACUUUAACUGUGAUAAUCAGCAAAGCCCCGCCUGGACCCCCAUCUGGAUUGGUACCCCCAUCUGGAUUGGUGGGGGAGCACUGGCAGAAAUCCUAAUCUUGGAGUACAUCCAUUAGGAAUUAAAUUCUCCAGCUUCA